AUGACCAGAGAUAGAAGCAAGUCUAUAGUGAAAAGAAUUGCUCUGGAUGUUCCCUCUUAUAAUGAUGAUAAAUUGAAUUUAGGGGAAACAUCUGGGAAUCAGUCUUCAGCAGAAGUGAUUAAGGCUGAUAAACCCAAGAGAUAUCGAUCUAAAUCCUUUAGUUUGGAUAAGGCAAAUAGAGAUAUAGUAGAAGAUGAUUUUCAUCUUUUCCCUUUCAGUAAGAGAGAACACGAGUAUCUCUGGCUGAAAUACAUUAACACAUAUAAUUAUAAUUCAAUUCUUAACCCAGACGAAAUUAUGAAAGUUAAUAAUAUCUCCAAUGAUUUUAUUCUUAAUUUUCAAAGUAAUUGCCAAUUAAAUAUCGAAAAUAUUAAUGAUUUAAUGGAUGAAACUGAAACUAUAUUAAAGUCUUUGAAUUUAUUAGCAUUGCAAUAUGAUAAGGUAUCGAGUGAAACAAGCGAGUUUGCGGAUCAAUCAACUAAGUUAUUGAAUACACAGUUGAAGUAUGAAAGGGCUUCCGAAGAGAUAAGUGAAUCUUUAGAAAUAUUUGAGUCAUUAGAAAGGAUUACCAAGGCACUCACCAGUCCAGGUAAUAAUUUAAUAAAGAGAAAGUCCUUUCAAGAUAUUUUGAAUAAAUUGGAUAAAUCUAUAGAAUUUAUUGACAAGCAUCCGCAAUUCAAAGAUAUUGAACUAUACAAAGUGAGGUUUAGACAGUGUAUGACUAGGUCAUUAACCUUAAUUCGUAACUAUUUGAUUAAUGAAUUGAAGACAUUACAUGAUGGCAUAUAUUCUAAAUUAAACAGAUCGAAUUCUGAAGAGGCAGCUAGAAAUGUGACUAUCGAUAUUUUGUUAUAUAAUGAAUUUAACAAUUACAUAACUGAAAAUGAAGGUCAAUUCUACAACUUUCCUAAUUUGGUAAAUGAAAUAACCAAACGGAUAGAAUAUCACGAUGAAUAUAAGGGUUUAUUACAUGAUGUUUUGCAACAGUAUUUCAAAACAAGAUCCAAGUUACUUGAGAAGUCUAUAUGGGAUCAUAUAAAUACGUCCGCAAAGAAUAGUACUAAGGACCUAGUUCAAUUUAGUCAGGAUAAUAUUUCAUUUUUCAAGAAGAUUAUUGACCGUGAGUUUUUAACCUUCACAAAAUAUUUUCAUAAUUCAGAAUCUCUAUCAAUGCCUUCAUUUAUGAACUCUGAGUUAUAUAAUUGGUUUAUGGAUAUUAUCGAUCCUCUUUAUGAUACUUUGAGAAACAGGAUUAUUAGAGAAACUAAUAUAACUACUUUAUGUCAACUAACUACCUUACUCCAAAAGUAUUAUGAGUUUGAAGAUGAUGAAUCGGUAGCUGUUCUACAAGAAAACCAAAUAAAUUACGGCUCAUUGUUUGAAACAAUUUUGCAGGACGUACAAUCUAGAUUGAUAUUUCGAAUUCAAAUAUAUAUCGAUGAGAAGCUUAUUAAAUACAAGCCUAAGCCGGAAGAUUUAAAAAUUGGAAAUAGAAAGAGAAGCUCCACCAUAAACAAUGAAUCUGUUGUCGAGGAGAAUCCUUUAGAUAUUGAUUACAAUGAGAAUUUAUUUAAGGAUUUAUAUUUACCACUAGGUAAAGCAUUAACAAUAUUGUCAAAUAUCUAUGAAUUAAUCAAUUCAGUAGUGUUUGAUGAUCUAGCCCACUAUAUUGUUCACAGUUGUAUUUACAUAUUAAAAAAUGGUGCUUAUAAAAUUUCCUUGACACAUUUGGGAAAAUUAGACUCUAAACUAUAUUACUUGAAAAAUUUAAUCAUCUUGCAAAACCAGUUAAAUAAUUUUGACAUUCAAUAUGUUAGGACGGAAACUACCUUGGACUUCACAAGUGGCAUUAAUGAAAUAUUUCAAACGUUUAGAAACGGUGAGUUUAUCUAUAAUUAUAACCAAAAUGGUGGUUUUAUUGAAUUAGUUAAAAAGUCCGCACCUAAAGUGAUCAAUAAUAUGAUAGAUGCCAAAUAUGAAAUAGAAUUGGAAUUGAAUAACGCAGUCCAUGAAUUCAUUACUGAAUGCGCAAAUAUUAUCAGUGAACCCAUCUUGUCUAAAACUUCAAAGGAGGAACCGUUACAAAAAUCUCUUUCGUUUAGAGACAACUUGAUGACAGAUUUACCAAAAUUCCACAAAGAAGUCAAAUUUUUCAUUAAUGAAGUCAACAUCAUAAAAUACCUAAUAGACAACCUUUGUAACUUAGUCAUAACAACAUACGAAAAUUUCUAUCAUUUAUUGGAAGAAGAGGUUCAACACAAUGAGAAGCUAAAACACUACAUGCAAGAAAUUAUGGAAGUUGAUACUUUAAUAGGUUUUAUUACUGAUAUAGUUUCAGGACUAUAUGAAAGUGAUGAAAUUUCUCCACCACGUAUUGAAUUUAAUGAAGAUAUAUUAAAUGAUACCGAGAUGAAUGUUUCUGAAUAG